AUGGCCUCCGCCUCAGAGCUCGCCUGCAUUUACUCAGCCCUCAUUUUGCAUGACGAUGAGGUGACCCUCACGGCCCUGGCCAAUGUCAACAUUGGGAGCCUCAUCUGCAAUGUAGGGGCUGGUGGACCUGCUCCAGCAGCUGGUGCUGCACCAGCAGGAGGUCCUGCCCCCUCCACUGCUGCUGCCCCUGCUGAGGAGAAGAAAGUGGAAGCAAAGAAAGAAUCUGAGGAAUCUGAUGAUGACAUGGGCUUUGGUCUUUUUGACUAA